CUUUGGAACAAUUACCACACACGCAACUACCAAACUUCCACUAGCUCGUCACUUAUCUUUGACAAUCUUCAUCGAAGAGGAACUAUAUAAACCGAGAAUAAACCAAGAAUCUACCCUACUCUUAUCUAUCCUUUCUAUUGAUCUUCUCACCUGCCUAACCAUUUAGGCACCUAUUUGACGUACCCGGUUGUACAUAUAGUAGGUAUCGUAAAAACCCCUAUUCUUACCUCAUAUCUUAAUUUGGAAAAUCAACAUCCGUACAAGAAAUGGACUUUGGAUCUUAUACAGAUGAAGAAUGGGCGGAAGUCUCAGAAGAGAUCCCUAAAGAGACCGACCCUUUCAUGCAAAAGUAUAUACAAGGUCGAGAAGCGCUAAUAGUGCAAGAGGAUAAGAAACGUAGCGAUGCAUCAUUUAAACAGAGCCUCUCUCCUAUUGCCAAGCGCGCCUGUGAUAUCGUGGCACGCAUCCGGGACGAGGAGAAGAGAACGGUAUGGACACCACAGCUGGAGGACUCGCUUGCUCAGGAGGCUGAAAUGACCGUCCAUCCGGGCAUGAUGUUCUCUCUGUCUAAGGAAAGGAUGGAGAGCACUAAGCUGUGGAGUAUCGUGCGCCGAAUGCCCAAGGGCGCGCUUCUGCACGCGCACAUGGAUGCCAUGGUCGACUUCGAGUACUUAUUAGGCGUACUCUUCGAAACUCCGGGGAUGCAUUUAGCAGCCGACCAGCCACUCACAACAGCUGGGGCGAGGGAAGAAGCUAAAUUGAAUUUUCGCUUCUUUAGCAAACCACGCACUGACGGUAGCAUAUGGAGUCACGAUUACAAAGAGGGGACGCAUAUCCUUCUAACACAGGUUGCGGAUACAUUUCCAGAGGGCGGCAAGGCCGGUUUCCUGGAAUGGCUGUAUGGACGAUGCACCAUCUCGCGGACGGAUGCUGUCUCUCAGCACCAUGGCGUCGACCACAUAUGGCAAAAGUUCUACAAGUGCUUCCGGGUCGUCGGUUCUAUGAUACACUACGAGCCUAUCUUCCGCAAGUUCUUACAGCGACUCAUGAGCCUGUUGAAGGCGGACGGUAUCAAUUGGUGCGAAAUAAGGUUCUCGUGGGCCCUAGACUACUACGUACAGAACAGCGAGACAGCCGAGACGGACUACAGCGCCAUGAUGACCGUCAUAGAUGAGGAAGUUGCGCGGUUUCAGGCAUCCGAGGAAGGAAUGGGGUUUUGGGGAAUCCGGAUUAUCUGGUCUGCGUUGCGGUUUCUCUCUACGCGUGAUAUCGUACAGAACAUGGAGCAGUGUAUUACGACCAAAAUGACGCACCCGCAUUUGAUUGCUGGUUAUGAUCUAGUAGGUCAAGAAGACGGCGGGCGGCCUUUGCGCGACUUGCUCCCGGAACUCUUUUGGUUUCGCAAACAAUGUGCUGAAGAGGGUAUUAAUAUCCCUUUUUUCUUUCAUGCCGGGGAGUGUCUCGGAUCCGGCAGCGAUACCGACCACAACUUAUACGAUGCCGUGCUUCUAGGUACAAGGCGUAUCGGUCACGGCUUUAGCUUAUACAAGCAUCCGCUACUCAUCGACCUUGUCAAAGAGAAAAAGAUCUUAGUAGAGAGUUGUCCUAUCUCUAACGAGGUUCUCCGUCUCUGCAGCUCCGUCAUGAGCCAUCCUCUGCCCGCGCUUUUAGCAUGCGGCGUGGCUUGUUCCCUGAAUAACGACGACCCUGCCAUGCUCGGUCAGGACACUGCAGGGUCGACGCACGAUUUCUGGCAGGCCUUGCAGGGCUGGGAAAACCUGGGGUUGGCGGGGCUAGGUAGCCUCGCCGAGAAUAGCAUCCGCUGGGCAGCAUUCGAGGACCAGACGGCCGAGGAAUGGGGCAGGGAUAUCAGGGAAGCGAGCACGGGAAGCGGCAUCAAGGCGCAGAGACUAAAGCAGUGGGAAGUCGAGUGGGAGAAAUUCUGCCUGUGGGUCGUUGACGAAUUCGGUGACGACUAAAGGGAAAAGAAGAAAAAAAAGAAAAACAAAAAGGAGGGGAGAUGUAAGCGUGAGGGGAGGGUCCUGUAGGUAGGUUGCCUUAAAACAAUGGCGGAGGCACACACCGCACUACGCCCUCUUAACGGGUCGAAGCCCAUGUCCCCGUGAUACCAUGGGGGACCUACCCACGGGCCACACCCCCCCGGGCCACCCCGUUUCUCACCAAAACACACACUUUUCAAAUAUUUAUAUCUAAAUUAAUUAAAGUUUAAUAAUUAUAAAAUUAAUAUUAAUAAAUAACGUUUUAAAAGUUUAA